CUAUAAGCUCUUUGUCUAGCACUUGUUAUGGCCAUCUUUCCUAAACCAAGAAAAGAAUUGAAACAAUUUUGCUUCUUCACAAAGAAAUUUCUUAGCUUAAAUUAAGUUCAUUUUCCUCUUCUUACACUUGCUUCCUAUGGAAGGUGGAGAAGGAGAUGGAAGUGCUUAUCAACCAUAUCAAAAUUUACCAAAUAACCUUUCUAUUUUUCAACAAGGUUCUCCACUAACAACCAUUAAUAGCUUCUUAGGGAGUCACCAAAACCAGUUCUCUCCCCAACAAUGUUCAAACAAUAACUAUAACAUUUUUACUCAAGGUGGUGCUUUCUAUGAUUUUUCUUCUUAUAGCAACAAUGCAAGUGGCAGUAGUAGCCAAGCAAAUGGGAUUUCUUGGACAAAGUUUUCAGAGCCAAGCUUAAUGGAUAGCAUUCUCUGUAAUGGACAAAAUGUUGUUCACUCGAAUAAUCAAGAGAAUGGCAUGGCACAGGAGAUGCUACCAUCUCCAAAGAAUUUUAAAGAGACCGGAAAAAAAGCAAAAGAAGGGACUUCUUCUUCGACUGUGCUAGUCAAGGGCCAGUGGACGGAAGAAGAAGAUAGGUGACGAUGACAUAAAUAAAUUCAUCUCUAGUCCAAAGCAACAAACGACAAAAAGAAAUUUUUUUAUCUUUCUGUUUGUGUUAUGUCCAAAAGUUCAUUUACAUUUUCAUGAUUUUUUUUAUCUUACCCAUAAUUAGAAGAAAUAGUUUAAACUGAACUUUUUGUCUAACACUUUAUUUUGUGGAUUAUGAAGGACAUUGGUGAAAUUAGUAAAGCAGUUUGGUAUGAGGAGAUGGGCUCAGAUAGCUGAGAAUAUGGCUGGCAGGGCAGGAAAACAGUGUCGCGAGAGAUGGCAUAACCAUUUGCGUCCAGAUAUCAAGAAAGACGCAUGGAGUGAAGAAGAAGAAUUGAUGUUAGUGGAAGCGCAUAAGCAAAUUGGAAACAAAUGGGCAGAGAUUGCUAAAAGAAUUCCUGGAAGGACAGAGAACGCAAUUAAGAAUCACUGGAAUGCCACUAAAAGAAGGCAAAACUCGAGGAGGAACAAGUUCAAGAAACAAGAAAAAGACUGCCAAAAUGAGUCCAAAUAUCGAUCCAAUAUUCUCCAAGAUUAUAUUAGAAGCAAGUACUUCAGUGAUGGUUCUCCUCCUCCUACCAACACCAUAACUCCAAGUAUCAGUGCUAACAUGACACAUGCAACUCCACCCUAUUCUGAUGAUGAUGAUUCUCCAUCUUUGCUCACUAGUCAAACAUAUGAUGAAGAAAUGAAAUUCAUGGAAAAGUUAUUUGGAAAAAAAUCAUUGGUGGAAAACAAUGGUAAAGUCCCAGAAGCAUUUGAUAAUUAUUCAUCAUCAAGCUCAUUUGGAUUCAACUCCUUUGGAUUUAAUAAUUCAAAGAAUGAUAAUCAGAUGGUUAGCGAUAAUGGUCAAGAUGGACGCAAUUUGUAUCUUGCCUCCGAGCCAAAUAUGCAUAUGGCUGUUCAUGAUCAUCAGUCUCAACAAUCUUAUAAUUCCAAUCAUUUUUCAGAUCUUUAUCUUUCCUAUCUCAUGGAUCAUUCUACUUCACCUAAUUCUUUUCCCAAUGCUGAGAGUCUUAUGAAUUCGGGGAUGCUGAUGAAUCAAGGUUCCUCGUCAUUGGGAGGAGACAAGGAAGUUGAUUUAAUGGAGAUGGUUUCAUCUUCUUUCUACCGUCAAAACACCUCUGAUAACACAUUCUUUUAGUGUGUAAUUGUCAUGUCUGUGUUUUCUAAAAAUGGCAAACCUUUCUUGUUUUGGCUAUUGAACGAGGAUCAUGUGUUACUAGCUAAUCAGUUGUUAGUUUUCAGUUUUUAGUUUCUUGAAUUGCUAUAAUUCUUAAAUGACUGUGUUUUCCAUUUCCUUUAUUUUUAUCUUCGGUCAAUAUAC